AUGGCGUCAGACGAAGGAGUCAUCGAUUGGGAUGAAGCCAUGCAACAAUGUGGCGAUGAUGAAGAGUUCCUUCGAGAGCUAUUGGACGAUCUAAGGUCUGAAACAGACACGCAGAUGGAAAAGAUGGCGGAAGUAUUAAAGACACCUGAUGACUCUUGUUUUGUUCAACUUAUGCGAGCUGCUCAUGUGAUUAAAGGUGCAGCAUCUAAUCUAAUGUGUGGUCAACUGCGCAAAGGUGCUGCAGACUUGGAAACAUUGGCGAACACAUCAUCGAAGGAAGACAAAGAUUAUAAGGAUGAGGAGCUCAUGAAGAGUUUGAAGGAAAAGUUUGAGGCCUUGGAAGAGGCUGUGAAAAACUACCAUGAAUAUCUCGAGAAGGUUGACGUUUAA